AUGAACUUUGGCGUUUUGGAAAAGCCUUUUUCCUUGUUGUGGCUCGCUAAAAACCUUUACCACAACCUUGAUGUCUUGAAUAAAUUCAAACUUCGAGCUUGGGUGUGUGUCUCUCAAGAUUACAAUCUUCUUCGACGAAUUUUAAAGUCUUUUGUGAUAAAAAUUAACGGAGUGGAGUUAGAGAAGAUAAGCGAAGAGGAUUUGGAGAGGUGUCUCUAUAAAUCUUUACAAGGAUGCUCAUACUUGGCCGUGAUUGAUGAUGUAUGGCAGAAAGAAGCAUGGGAGAGUUUGAAAAGAGCCUUUCCGGAUGGCAACAAUGGAAGCAGAGUUAUAAUCACGACUCACAUCAAAGAAGUAGCUGAGCGUUCGGAUGAGAGAAUUCAUGUUCAUAAACUUCGUUUUCUUAGGCUUGAUGAGUCUUGGAACUUAUUUUGUGAGAAAGCUUUUCGAAAAUCAAAUUCAAACGAAGAAUUGGAAAAGCUAGGAAGAGAAAUGGUUGAAAAAUGCGGCGGUCUGCACUUGCCAUUGUUGUAUUAG